AUGGCGCCACAAGAUUCAUUCAUAGAAGAUGAGGAGGACACCUGCCCCCUCUGUAUCGAGGAGUUUGAUCUCUCGGACAGGAACUUCAGACCAUGUCCUUGUGGAUACCAGUUGUUACGCAAGAAGAUCGCCGAGUUUCGGGCCAAUAUUCAAAAGAACCAAAAGAAGCGAGCCCUGGAUCAACGACAAAAAGAGUUACAGAAACGCGAAGCCGAAAAGGAGAACCGCAAGAAUCUGAUCGGCGUGCGCGUUGUCCAAAAGAACUUGGUCUACAUCACGGGUCUUGCACCGACAGUUCGAGAGGACGAACUUCUCAAGACGCUACGAAAGCCCGAGUUCUUCGGCCAGUACGGCAACAUACAAAAGAUAUCCAUUAGUAACCGAAAGAGCUCUGAUGGCCAACAUCAGUCGCUCGGCAUUUACGUGACCUUCGAACGCCCAGAAGAAGCGACGCGGUGUAUCCAAGCUGUGCACGGAUCCCACAAUGGUGACCGAGUCCUAAAGGCGCAGCACGGCACGACGAAAUAUUGCUCAGCUUGGUUGAAGAACGAAAAAUGCGGCAACCCCGGUUGCAUGUUCUUGCAUGAACAAGGCGAUGAGGAGGACAGUUACUCACGGCAGGAUCUGUCCUCUAUGAACAGCAUAGGAUCUCAACGGCCUCUGCCUGGAGGCAGUUCGCGGUCGGCUUCCCGACAACAGAUUUCCCAUCCAACGCCGCCUCCCAUCGUAUCACAUCCGAUGACGCGCUCUAUUAGUAAAGAAGGGUCUGAGAAUGGUGCCGAUGGAUCAGCUCUACCUUCCUCAGCCAACUGGGCACGCAAUCCACAGCGGAGUCGCAGAGGCAGUCUUGCUACUAGUGGUGCUGCAUCUAGCCCUGCUAUUUCAACAGCUCAGCCUGUCACCGCAGAGCCUGUUCCAGAAGAAGCGGUCGAAGAGGAAGACGAGGAUGAGUUGGAGGAAGAAGAGCCUCAGCAGGAGGAGCCAGUUGCUGGCCCUUCAUCAUCUAGGACCCGAGAACCUGAAUCACCCGCACCGCCUCAAGAGUCGGCUGAUACAUGGCUUAAAGAGAUUUAUAAGACAUUGCAAAGCUGCCCUAUGCCUAUCUUUCCCGACGCUGACGAAGACCUGUACCCACCUAUGUUCGAUCCUCGUGGUGGCGAGAAGCGCCGGGCUAUGCGAGAGGAGGAAGACUCACGUUUGAGUGGUGAACAGGAAGAGCGACCCGAGGUUCGUGAGCCAUCGGAAGGAGAACCUGAGACUGGUGGCAGCCUUGCUCUUGGAGGAGAGCCUGAGGAUCGUGACACUUCUAGCGACAACCGGGGCUUCGAUCGCCGACCUAGUGCUCAGCCUCCUAUUCAACGACUUUCUACUGAUGGGCUUUUUGGACCUUCCCUCACCGGUGCUUCACCCUUUGGCCAGAGCUCGGGGAACCCUGGUUCGCGAUCUAUGACGCCGCAGCAGCUGUAUCUUCGAUCCCAGGGCGGAUUCGGUGAUGCCCCUCCUGGCAUUACGAGCCAGAGCAAUACUUUUCAGAAUCAGAGUCAAAGCCAAGGCCAAGGCCACAACCGUCAAUCCUCUCGAUUCAGCUUCGCCAACGACAAUGCCAGCUCUUCUACCAACGUCAAGGUUGCGGCCAACCCACGUAUUAUGGCCCAGCAAUCCUCUAUGAUGCCCAACACGUUCCAAUCGCAGAGCAACAAUCAGUUUUACGGUGCCUCCAUGCCUGGACCCCCUCCUGGUCUUAAGUCAACCGGCACUCCUCCCAGCAUGUUCGGUCAGUUUGGUGGACAGGGCUUUGGCGCCCCCAAGGACAAUUCGAGUGAGCUUCUUCAGAGUUUAAUCGGCCGCGGUCGGGCUGGUAAUAACCAGUCCCAUGAUGCAGGAAAGCGUGAGUUUAUGAUUCCUUCUUAUUCAAACCAGUACCCACCAUCCUCUACCUCCACCCCAGCUCCUUCUUCCGGGCUCCUGCCGCCUCUCUAUGGUAAUACACCUGGAGGGUAUCAAGACAUGGGCUCUAAGCAGAAGAAGAAGGGAAAGAAGCACAGACAUGCUAACACUUCCUCCUCCGGGGGGAGUGGCUUAGUAGAUCUUGCAGACCCGAGUAUCUUGCAGGCGCGAAUGCAGCACCAGUCUCAAGGCAGCGCCGGAGUCGGACAGGGUUUGUUUGGUGGUCAGAGUCAAGCUUUGCAUCAGGCGUCAUCUAUGUUUUAUUGGGGAAAACGGAGGGUGACGGGAGAAUAUCUCAAGUCUCCUUUCUCCGACUUUUACAGGUCUAUGGAUGACCGCACAUGGGAUGAUGAGCUCCCAUCCCUGGACGAGGCUACCAAUUCUGUCGACGCGUUAGUUUCUGACGAUCCCAUCCUGCCGCCAAUUGGUCUGGAAGGUCGCACAUCGGUGCCCCCGGGCUUGUCGUUACCCCCUGGACUGCCAGCCAACAUAUCGAGACCUCCAUCUACUCAAGAUCAUGCAAAACUCACCAACAUUGUGCCAGCGCUGCCUAGAAUGCCACCCUCUGGACUCUCACAAGGUGCUUUGACUCCUGACCAGUCGCCUGCAAAACCAAAGCCAGCGACCCCUGUCUCGGAAGCAAAGAAGAAUAUUAAAUCUCUAGCGGCCGACAGCGGACUCUCACGAGAGAUCACGACACAAUCGCAACCGAAGCUUACGAAGGCAAGUAUCUUACAGGAUGAGGACUUUCCGGCUUUGGAUACAUCAAAGAACAAGAGUCGACCCGCUACGCCUACACCCAAGGCUACGCCAAAAGCCAAACGUCAUGCUGAAAAGAUUGUGGACAGAAUGAUGGCCAAGGCCGGAGCCAGCAAAGAGAGCAUAGCCCAGGAAGCCAAAGCUGAGGAGGCCAAGGUUCAAGAGACCAAAGCUCAAGAAGUCAAGGUUCACGAGACCAAGGCUCAAGAAGCGAAAUCUGCGUCAUCGUCCCAGGCAGUUGAGAAGAUGCCCAUUUCUGUCAAUACUCAGGUUGCAAAGAAUAUGGCUGUGAAGACCAGUGAACUAUCUGCGACAACUGAGAAGUCGACGACAGAGACCUCAGCGGCCUUUCCCCCCUUGCCUACACCCUCGUCAACCGCAAUUGCAUCCCCUGUCACACGGACAGCACCAAAGACACUGCGUGUCAUUGCAACCCCCAAGGCCGAGGCACCUCCUCCUGCUUCUCCUGCCUUGACCAUGGCAUCGGUUGCGUUCUCAGGCACUUCCAGGGCUGUCUCUGGUAGUUACAGGCCAGAUACACCUGCCAGCGAAAUGAUUAGUGACAACGCCUCGGUAGUAUCUGCCUCUGUGACCCAUUCUCGAGCAAGCUCGCCACCCCCCAGCAGGAUUGGGUCUGCUGUGGUAAGAACCACUACAAAGAGUCAACAGCGAAAGCAACGCAAGGAUGUUUUGAAGCAAGAAACAAAGUUGAUCGCUGAGGCUCCCAUAGCAGAGGCAGAGGUGCAUGCUCCUAUCAUAGGACGAAAGAAGAAGCAGAAGAAGGAAAAGCCUGUUAAGACGGGACAGUCUGAGGCUUCUAUUGUCCCAGAGGCUCCCGCAGACGAGCCAUCCCAGUCACCAUCUCGACCAGAGCCUGUCAAGGAGUCCGAAAGAGAGCCAGAAGAGAAGCCUGUCAAGAGCAAGACUUCUCAAAAGAAGACAAUCAAAUCCAAGGGCAAAGCAAAGGAGGCCGAGACUCAACCGAUUCCUCCUCCUCCAGCGUCCCCUAAGGAGUCUACCCCUGACGCUCAAGAGCCACCUGCAAGAUCACAGCCUGACCCGGCAUCGGUUUUUUCUGAGAUUAAGAAUACUCUCUGGGCUUCGAGUGUCGAUAAGCUCCAACUGUUCAAGCCCAUCGCCAAUGGCUCAUCUCGCACCGACUACAGUGCUGCUAAGAACAACGCCAAUAAAGCUGAGCAUUGUAAGGACUGCUCCUGCAAAUGUGGAGAAAUUCAGGACGAGGAUCUUGCAGCGCUGCGCGCAGGAAAGCCUGUCCGAAAGCAAUUCCACGUUGAUGGCAGUCGCAUGCUCAUUACCCCCAAUGGUGACUGCAUUCGUGGUCUGACCCCUGAGGAAGAGGACGCUUUCCUGGAACUUCAAGCUGCCAUUGCCAAUACGGCAGAGAACCCCGGAUCGUUCAUUGCCCCUAGACAUCAGCCUGGAAGUGGAGCAUUCUCUCUUAUUAAGGGCCGAGCUGUUCCCAAUGGACGUCCCAACAUCUUCCCCGCCACUGCCCAGCUCCAAUCUCAAGACCCUAUCGGAAAGCUUCAACGAGAGGACGCGCUUAGCUACAUCAACCAGUACGUCCUUCCUCGCCUCAACCUAGGUGCAACGAACAUGGGAUUUCCUAAGGGAGCGUCCCCUACCAAGGACGCGGCUGCUGCGAGUCUCAACUCUCUCGCACCCUACUUCUAUGGUCCCGACGCUGCCGCCGGUGUGGGCAUAUACAGCCCUCCCGAUGGAGCCCGGGCGAUGCAGGACUUCAGCUCGGCUGGAAUGUCAAGCGAAGAGCGUGGAAAGAACUUCGGCAUGGGUGUCGGCGGCAUGCCGUUGAUGAGUGUCGAAGAUGCAGAGGGCGCCCUUGCGGCGGCUCGACGAGAGACUGAGAAGUUGGAGAAGGGAUUGAACCAGGUGAUCAAGCGCAACAGACGGCUUGUUCUCGGAGGAAACAACUAA